CGCUGAGCGCUUCUGCUAGAUGAAACGCUGUAGGAGGAAAGAAGCGCAUGCAGGCGUGAAUCCGAUGGGUCAGUCUCAGCGAGUGGAUCGCAUCUGCAGCUAGGGCUCACGGACUUAGUGACUUCCCGCUGCGGGUUUCACACCUGACACAGCUCACUUACUCGGACAGUUUCUUAUUUAUUUCCUCCUACUCUAACAGCAGAAUCCAAAAGAUUUGCAAAGACACACAAUAAUGACAACCGAGUUCAGUGCAGACUAAAGACUGCAUCACUCUGCCCUGCAUCCGACGGCUGACCUCCCUGGAAAGAUGCAAACAAGACACAGAAUGUAUUGCGUGUUCGUAGCAGUGUUGCUUGGAGCGGUUGGGACCCUGGCCAAUAAGGGAGCAUGUCCAUCAAACCAGUAUACACACAGUGGCGAAUGCUGCAAGCAGUGUCAGCCCGGCGAGGGUGUCGUCCAACCCUGUGGGGCCCAACAGACCGUCUGUGAGCCAUGCCUCGAUAGUGAAACUUUCUCAGAAAGCAUAAGCCACACAGAGGAAUGUCAGCCCUGCACGCAGUGCUCGGGUCUAUUGCGCAUGCAUACUCCCUGCACUGACUCCGCCGACGCCAUUUGCACGUGCAACUAUGGUUUCUACCUGGACGAAACCUCGCAGAAUUGUCUACCCUGCACUAAGUGUCCUGAAGGUCAGGGAAUGCUGUACAGCUGUGAAGAUGACCAUGACACAAAGUGCGAGAUUUGCACUGUGGACACCUACUCGGACCAGGAAAGCUUUUGGGAGCCUUGUAUUCCUUGCAGUACCUGUGAUGAGGUGGAGGAGUUAGAGUCGUGCACCCCUAUCAGCGAUACGGUUUGCCAAGGUCAGUCCACCACAGGGUCUCUAUUUACUUUCGGCCCCAUUACCAGUGAGUACUUCAUAACAGAUGAACCCCUACUAGAGGUCCCCACAGACAGCAGCAGCACCACCACCACCACUAGUGGUGAUUCCCAGCAGCGGUUCUACAAGGGUCUGAAUGAUAAACUCAUCCCCAUCUACUGCUCCAUCCUGGCAGCUGUUGUUGUUGGAUUAGUGGCCUUCAUCAUCUUCAAGAGGUGGAACAGCUGCAAGCAGAAUAAGCAAGGAGCCAACAACUGCACCCCCAACCCGAACCAGACCCCGUCACCCGAGGGGGAGAAGCUACACAGUGACAGCGGCAUUUCUGUGGACAGCCAGAGUCUGCAGGAGCAGCAGGGCCAGAAUCAGGCACAAACAGUCGUCAACAUCGAUGAAGAGCCUUGUUUGCUUCUUCCUCUCCACACCAGAGAGAAAGUGGAGAAGCUGCUGUUUAGGGCUGCGGAUGGAGAAGACUGCGACCACAUGCACGACAGCGACUGGAGCAGCUUGGCAGCUCUUCUCGGAUACGAGGAGGAGCGGAUCGCGACCUUCCAGCAGGAAGAGCAUCCGGUCUGCGCCCUCCUGUCUGACUGGGCGGGAAAGGACUGUGCCAGCAUCGAAGCUCUGUGCACGGCGCUGCGCAAAAUCAAUCGUGAAGAUGUCGCUCAGAGCCUGGUGCUCAGUCCAAGUGCCGCUAAAACAACAGCCACUUCUGUAGUGUGAUUUUUGUUUAUUUUUAAAGCUCAACAGUGAUUUCACAUGUUAACACCCGAACCUUAAAAUAUUCCUCUGUGGCCUCCUAUUCCUCUAUGCUAUAUUCACUUAUGAAGCUACCAAUCACAGUGAUGAUCCAGUGCUGUGAAUCCUGAAAAAUCAUGUCAAAUUAAGGGAUAAUACAAGGAAUCAGACAAACACUGACAGAUAGGUAUCGCUAUGUGAAACCAAAUCUGCAUUUAUCCACAAAAUAUACAGCAAAUUUGCAAAGAAAGAAGCUUUAAAAACAAAUGUCUGUAAUUACUCCACUGGAUAUCUACCUGCCUGAAGUUAAGGUGUUUUUAAAUCUUGACUCUUAUUCUUUCUCCAGUUUGGUCCUCUGCAUCUUUAAUAUUAUCUUCAUCCAGCCAUUGCUACCCUUUCAUAAGUCUCUGUUGUACUUUCCCAUCUCUGCUACCAAAGAGAAGUACAUUUUCCUCAGACACUAACUCACAAGUUAUAUUGUUUUAAUGCCAUGUUUAAGUACACUGUUUAAAUUUAAGUUGACAAAUGGCUUGAACCUGUUACUCCUACUGGACGAGGCCUGCAUACCACUGAAUGUCUGGAUCUUUGCAAAUGUGACAACCUGAGGAAGUGAUGUUUGGAUACAUUUCAAAUGAACUUGUUCUCUUUCAAAAAAAAAGGAAGGAAAAAAAAAACUUUUACCGUCCUUUUAAAUAUUUGUAUUAGAUCUAAGAGAUGGAGCAGUAGCGUUUAUCUCAGUGUCAGCUUCCUCUUAAUCGGCUUCUGGACUCCUCUUUUUUUCCCCCCCAGCAAGUGCUAACUGCCUGGACUUUGCCAGCCAGGCUGACUGUGGGUUCAGGUCACUGACGGAGGCAACGCGACUCCAGCCUGUGUGCUCAGACCUAUCUACAUAACACAGAAACUCAGAGACAGACUCCAUGCUGACCCAGAAAAGGGAAAGACGUGGAAUUCAAAACACAAGUAACAACCAUGUAUACAAUAUGUAGAUAUGCAGGCAAAUGCACACGCCAGAUAUAGACAUACUUGAAAUAGAUACCCAAAUACAGUAUCUAGGUUUGCAUGCAUGUAGUGUACAUAUACACACACAAACGCAUACACAGUUAGCUCAUGUAUGCAUUUACAGUCUUGUUCAUAGUACAGGACACAGAAAUGAUCAGAUCCUGCCAUAUAUGGUAUGGAACUGUGUCACAAAGGGACCAUAUACUGUUUGUUGUCAUUAAUAGUAGCCAAUAUUAGAUAUCUGUGUGCCUAAUUAUGUUAACAAUUAUAUGAUUUGUAAUUUGCGCUGUAGAUAAUGAAAUACUACAUUAACAGUAAACAGCAUGCACAAAGUAGCAACUCAUUGUCAGCCAGUUAUCCGGUAAAUAAACUGCUGGAAAUGAUUAGGAAGCAAAAGAAAAAUGACAGGAUUUUCCAUUUUUUCUCUUAAUUUCUCAGGGUGUCUCAUUUAACUGUGAUAUUACAUGAAUAUUUGAUUUGUUAUAGCACCCUACAACUAACAAAAACACAAAGGAGGCUGUGUUUAUCCAGAGCAAUGAUUCUCGCGACUGACAAUCCUUCAAACAGACUAAUAAGACAGAGAAAGAAAAAAAGAAGAGGGGUAUCUAGUUUCUUCUUUGUUUGGGAACAAUGACCUCCGGAUAAAAGGCAAGUCAGUGGAGACACAAGUUGAAGGAUGUGGGAUGAAUUCAGACAAGGGCAAGUGGAAAAGUUUUGGAUUACUUAAAUGUAAAGGGGAAACCCAGGAAUCGGCAGUUGCAUUAAUUAGACUGUUUAAGUGUAAGCAUGCAUUCAUCUCUUCAGUGCAUUAUGCGCUCUCUGCAUUGUGUUUGGUUCUGCCAACUUGGUUUGGAUUUAUCAAAACAUAUUCAAUUUUGUGUUUAUGUUGAUAUUUAAAGCUUCAACUUUUUGGAUUUUUUUUCAUUGGGAAAGUUUUGAAGGAUUAAUUAGCUUGCUACAUAAAAUCCUCAUCCUCACCAACCUCAGUUGCUACUUGUCACUAAUCGCUAGCAUACUGAGCUUCAUGCUGUAGUGUUACUUUAAAUGAAGGUAUUCUCAUUACUCUGUAAGGGUUGUUGUAUUUAAUUCUCAAAUAACAACUCUACAUGGUAUUAUAUUUCUGUUUUUGUCCUAUAAAUUGUAGCACUUAAAUGUGUAAUUAUGUAUUUACAUUUUGCAUCACAAAUGCCUUUCCAGGCGGCUAAUGUGAUUUUUGUUUUUAGCCAUACUGUAUUUUUUUUGUAACUUGUAAAUAUUAUUUUUAUUGAUUUCAAUUGUAAAUAAUUUGUCUUUUUCUACAUUUUAUCUUAGUUAAAGCCUAGAAGUGGCCACUGUAUAAUACUUACUGUAUGUGAACAGGACUAUAUUACAAUUCUAGGGCUGUUGACAAAAGGAACAAAAGAACAGCCAUGCCUCAUUAAGGCAGUUAACAAAUUAUUCAGUUCUACUAACAUAAAGAAAAAGACUAAAUUCAAUCUACAUUUCAUAUGGUUCAGGAUUAAACAGAUUCUAAUGCUCCAGUUAGACACCCAGCCAAGUAACCCUUAGGUUAAAGCAUAAUUAAAAUAAUAAGCUGCAAUAUCAUUCAAAAGAUUAGAUUUUAGGGACACUAAAGAAACAAUACUAAAACAAAACAAUGAUAGAACAUUUUGAAAUUUUUUUUAUCCCCUUUCUUGCUAAGAAUUAGAUGCCAUGAGCGAUACAAUGGGUGUUACUAUAUGGAAUGUAAUAAAUGAAGCUACAAAGACUGGAACAAGUAUUGCCUCUGGGAAAACCUAAAAAUAACUAGAUUCGUUGUUGCAGGAGGUUGAGCACCAUACCGCUUCAGCUAUUAUCUUUAGACAGAACUAGACCAGUCAAGCCAAGCUCCUUCAAUUUCUAUCACGCAUUUAAAAACAAACUUUUCGUGUUUUCAAUUCAAUGGAAAUAGAAAGAGAGAAAUGCAAAACAAGCUAGCUGUUGCAGUUCAUGCUAAGCCACUGGUUCUUAGACUGGCAGCCAAGGUAUCCACCACAUACAGUGAACACAUUAAAAUGCAACAAAUACAAAGUCAAACAAUAUCACAUGAUAUACAAUAUAGCUGUACACAUACCUACAAAAGGAAAAAAAACAUCAGUGGCGGGAAAAUGUCCACGUCUGCAGCUACACAUUCCUGUUGAUGGUUUUAAAUUUUACAUAAGCUGCAUGUAAUUUUGUUUAACUUUAGGCCUUUCUGCAAACUGAACAAAAUUUAGUUGAAAUACUGUCUAGAAAAAUAAACAUGGCUAAUGGUAAUCUAGGGUACUUUUUUAUUGUUAUUGAUUAAACUUGUGAACUAAGCUAGCUGCCUGCUAAGCUAAAUCAGCUGUCUGCUAGCUGUAAUAAGAUGAGAGUAUUUUGCCUUCCUAAAACAUUUAACGGAUUAUUUAAUUAAAAACCAUUCUUCCUAAAUAAGUCACUAAUCGAUUAUAUGUAAUUAUCAGUUAUAUAUAAUCGGUUAAUAAUCUGUUAUACUAACCACUAACCGAUAGUUGUACCAAUAUUCAUAAAUACUAUUACAUGUGUAUAUGUGAUAUACUAUUGCACUGCAUAGGUUAUAUAUCAUAAAGGCACAUCUUUCAAGGGGGGAACUAGGCUGAUAGAGUGAUUUAAGUCUCAUUUGUCUUGAAUGUCUUAAAACUUUGCACCAGCUCAUUUGCUAAUGUGAGAGUUAAAGCUCUUUGCCUAAAACCUUACAAGCUUUCCUGACCAAUAACAAAAUGACUCACACGAAACUGUCAAUAUAAAUUUCGCUCUGGUAAAUUAAGUCUUUUUGUUCUUGGAAACUGCAAGAACCAGAGCACUUGAAAAACUGUAGGGCCUCUUCUCUGCUUUGGUUUUAUGAUGCUUAAGGGGAUUAUUUUAGUUUAAUAGUUUUGCUCAAUGAUAUCCACCACAAUAGAAUGACCUUCCUUGAAAGCUCUUUCUUCAUUGUACCAAAGGAUGGUAAACACAAUAAAAUGUAUGUGUGUCCUUCUAUCAGAAGCUACAAUUGAAUAUGGAUGCUUUUCCCUGAAUAAUAUUUGUUGAUUCUGAGGGCUAAAAGUAACCAUGAAAUGAGGGUUGUGCGUAAAAGGCUUUCUUUUGAGGGUAAAUCCCUGGUAAUGUAGCUCAUAGUGACUCAUAGCAGAACCAGGACUGAGCUGUACACAUCUGAAAAUCACUGUUCCUUGUAUACGAAUACAUAUACUGCUCUGUACUUAAUGUGAAUUUGCUAAAAACCUACUGCAGACAAGCAGUAAAACCAAUAAUAAAGCUCUUAAAGGCACUAAUCUUCUGUAUUGAUCCAACAA